UUUAAUACCUAUAUAAAAAGCCAUCCAUAAGUGAUAAUUUCCCUCACAUCCUAAGAAAAAUAAGGAUUCCAUCUCUUACCAGAUAUUAAACUGUAUAACAUACUCUCCAAAUAAAUAUGAGUCGUAAUAUGCCUCUCAUCGUAGUUGUGGCCAUUGCAGCUAUAGCUUUAGACUCUUCUUCAUUCACUCGUGCAUCAGAUCCGGAUAAGUUGCAGGACUUUUGUGUGGCUGUCAAGGAUUCUGAGGCUAACGUGUUUGUGAAUGGAAAGAUAUGCAAGAACAUAAAUGAAGUGAAUGCUGAUGAUUUCUACUUGCAAGCCCAGUUUAACAAGCCACGAAACACAUCAAAUCGGUUAAGAUACAUGCCGUCUCCAAUAGGAGUGGAAAUCCUACCUGGGCUAAACACAUUGGGUGUUUCAAUAGGGCGUAUGGACUUUGGACCAUAUGGAGUGAGUCCACCCCACACCCACCUUCCAGCCACCGAGGUUAUAACGGUGUUGGAAGGAACACUAUAUGUUGGAUUCAUUGACUCGAGGAACAAGUUGUAUGCCAAGACGCUUCGUCCUGGCGACAUUUUUGUCUUCCCGAAAGGGCUCAUUCGUUUCCUAUACAACACUGGAGGGAGCAAUGCAGGUGUGUUUGCUGCUCUAGGGAGCCAAGAUCCAGGAGCCAUCCUUAUACCUAAUGCUCUUUUUGGUACUGAUCCUCCCGUUUUUCCUGAGGUUCUGAGUAAAGCAUUCCUCUUGGACAAGAAUGUGAUUAGUCAUCUCCAAUCCCAGUUCCGAUCGGAGUUAUCAGAAUGAGGCUCGAGCGAAUCCAUACAUACAUGCACCCACUCAAUCCAAUAAAUUAUUCUAUAUUAUUGAAUAAUAAUAUAAUCAUGCAUGCAUCUAGCAUGUUUGUUCUUAAUACUCCCUUCGUCCCCCUAGGCUAGACAGUUCUUAAAACCGGUCCCGUACACACUCCCAAGAUUGGGAUUACCCGGACCGGCACCAGUCCAGGAUCGCUAGUCCACCUCUAGUUACAACUUACAACACGGUGUCGUCUUGCUUUAGUCUUAUGGGUGGCGCAUCACCAACACCUGAAAUACAAAAUGCGAAAGAAAUACCACAAACUUACAACCCGUUUGGUGACUCUGUUUUUCGGCUUAUCAAACUUAUCAGCCAACUUUUUAACCAAACGCAUAACGUUUUAUUCCGUGCGCUGAAUUGUGUAAUAAUAAGACAAAGGUAGGUUGGAGUUAGUUUUCUGACUGUAUUGGCUGAAAAUUUUGUAGAUGAUCAUUUUAGCUAUUUUUGCAUAUAUUUUUUUCUUUAUUUUAUUAACAAAAUAUAUUUUAAGUAUAAUUUAUUCAUAAAUAAGCAGAAUCAAUCAAUACAGCCACUUCAGCCAAACCUUCGUAAAUUUUGAUAGAAUCAUUCGAUUCAGCCGAUUUCAGUGUUAUCAAAUGAGCUUUUUAAUGUUUUUUUACAAAUAAGAUACCUUUUCCCAUGUGAUAAAAAAUCAAAAGGCAUCAUGAAAAGGAUAGCUACCAUGCCUUUAUAUUAAAGUGGUCAAAUUUGGUACAAAAUAAAACCAUUACACAACUCAUGAUCUUGAAAUUACUAAAGCAUAAUGCUUAAACCAUUACGAAACUCAUGAUUUGCUAAACGAGUUUAGAAUUGCAUCUAAUAAUAUAGCCAUGUUGAGCUUUUCCAAGACACAAAAGUAAUAGACUAGUUUCUUAUUACUACGUUUUAUUAGUGUGGGAUUCCUAUCGUAAUUAUAACUCCUUUCACUAUAAAUAUGUCUGUCGGGGCUAUGACGAGCACUUUGUCGUAGUGCGUCAAAAGAAAUUCAAUACUAACACUUAUACCUAGUAGAGUUCGUAUCCACACGGAAAGAGAUACUUCUCUUUUUAUGAACUAGUAAAUAAAAGGGGGGUUUUGGGAUUGAGUGAUUUAAUUUAAUUAAACACUAAGAUGAACGACUUAUAUGAGUUUUAAUUCAAAGAUAAAAAGAACUUGGCUACGCUACUUUCCACUUGUUGAUAUAUUUAGUCGGUCCUUGUUAUAUCUAUAACUUAUCCCCUCUCGAAUACUCAAUCGAGUAGUAUAUCAAUUCAUCAAGGGUAGUUAUUAACAACGACCGUUCAUUAAUAAUCCUUACUAUUAAUCAAAUAUAGAACAACGUCUUAUACCGAUUUAAUAGUAGCAUUUAAUCUUUCUAACUCCUUGAUGAAAUCAAUUGAGAUUGAUAACCUCAACACAAUGGUUUCGGUUUAACCAACAAAAUUAAUCCCUCUUAAAUUUAUUAACCACGACCGUGCAUUAAUAAACCGAAGUUACUUACUUGUGAAAUCAUCAACGAUUAAUCAUCGGUUCGUUGAUCGUUUCUAGUAGUCAUUAAUGUUGAGAUGUUAACUAAUUGUCAUCUUAGUAACACUCCCCAACAUUAAUAUAGAGAUAGAUUAAUGGAAGAAUUAAUAUUCAAGAAGGAAAGUUAAGAAAAUAACUCACAACUUUAAUAAUCAACAAGCUUCAAGAGCAAAAUCAAGAAAUGGAAGUUUAGCUCCUCAUUUGGAGACUAAACAUAGCUAGAAAAAUAUAAAGAAAUGUUAUUCUAAACUGAGCUUAAG